GUGAUCGACAAUGGGAUCCCUGAGCAUCGUCGUGGUCAUCUUCGGGGCCUUAGAAAACCUCAUCCAUGCCGGCGUCAUCUUCGGCUGGCCCUCGCUCGUCUUCGUCCUCAAGGACAUUGGUUACUAUAGCGACAAGUGCCCCGAAGACCCGACCCCAACAGGUGCAAGCAGGAAGAACGCUACUACCGAUGGUGUUUACAAUACUUCGGUGACGAUGACCAUCUCGACGACGACGACGUCGGACGAAGUAUUUUGCGAGGAGCAGGAUGCCGCUCUGGUCUUGGUAUACACGGUAGCUACGGUCAUCCUCCCCCUCAGCUUGCUACCAGCUGGAUACCUCCUUCUCAUCACUGGUGGCAGAAACUCAAGAAUUGUUUUCAGUGUGAUGAUGAUAUGUGGCUACGCGUGUUUAGCUCUGAGUUCGCCUGAUAUACCAAGUCUACUCUACCCUGCAUCAAUCUUACUAGGGGCAGCAGGACUCAUCAUUAUACUCGCAAGCUUCGAGAUUGCCAAUCUAUUUCCAACUCAAAAGUCAACCGUCAUUGGGGUGAUGAACGGCUGCUAUGAUACUUCAACGCUGAUCUUCCUUCUAAUAAAGAUUGCGUAUGAGAACGGGAUUUCGUUAGAAGUUUCCUCCCUGGUGCUCGCAUGUUCCACAGUCUUCUUCGGUGUCAACAUAUGCCUUCUUCCCCGCUAUCAUAUUCCAUGGCCCCUCCCCGACGACUACAGCCUGCAUUGCGCCUGCUCUCCAGAUCCCGAUGUCGAACGAGAAACAACGAGAAACAACGAGAAAGAGAUGGUCCUGAGGUCAAGUGAAGGAAAUUUUCAGUCGAACUAUAAAUCGUGCGACGUAGGCACGCAGACAAUCGAGUGCGAUAAUCUGGGGUUCGAAGACGAGGAGGUGUACAAAGUAAAAAAGAGGGUGUCGUUGUCUUUGGCGGAAGGCAGCAGCAAGGAUACAUCCAAACAAAAGUGGACCAAGGAAAGCACCUUGGGAAACCCCCUGGAGAGUAUCAAUGAGAAGACCCUGGCUAAACGCCGCGAGAGCGUCCACGAGCACAGUGCUGAGCAGAGGAGGGACGAGUUAUACCCGACAUUCUUCUCGUGUUUGAAGAGUCCGAUGUUUUUCUUCAUGUCGUUUUGGGCCAUCGUCAUCCAACUCCAGCUCCUCUUCGUGUUGGGGAUCAUGAACCCGUGGCUGACGUGGCUUGCCGAUGGCGAUCUCGACGAAGUGAGUCAUUACACCAAUGUUCUAGCUCUCAUGAGCUUCGUGAGUAUGAUUGGAGGCCCACUUGGCGGUCUGCUUUUAGACCGAAGAAAACUCACCUUGUGUUCGUCAGAAACAGUCUCAGAACCUGAGUAUGGGCCAUACACCGACCUACGAAACAGCUGGUUGGCAGUGACUUGCACUACUCUGAUGUCACUAGCCUACACGGCGUGCAUGCUGGUUCCGAUCCUCCCUCUCCAGUAUUUGACCUUUGCACUCUUGACAUUGUGCAGGUCAAUGUUGUACAGUGUGUCGGCAGGGGUUAUUCCACUCACGUUUCCGAUGAGAUAUUAUGGUAUCGUUUAUGGUAUGACAUACUUAUUGAUCGGUGUCUGUGGCUUUCUUCAGUAUCCGCUCUUCAUCCUCAUCCAAAAUGUGCUCUUUGGUGAUCCUGCAUAUGUUUUGAUCGGAUUCAUAGUGGCCAAUCUCCUCACCUUCUCCUAUCCUGCUUACAUCAUCUACCACGUCAAGAACAAGGUGGCAACGAAUCAUGGAUGAAACAUAGAACCUUAUAGAACACGAGAAUAGCUUCACGUUCUUAUAGAAGUCAUAAACGUAACAUAACCUUUUUUAAAAGAGUGUAGCAGCUGGGCAAAGAACAUUGCAGUCACAGAACUUUACCACGUUGCCUUACACCACCUUAUGCUACUCACAAACGUAACAGGGCAUGUUUAAAAAGUUUGAUCAGAGGUCUGCAUCGCCUGAAAUAUCAUUAUACAAGAUUGCAAAGACUAAGGGCAGUUUCAAUUCCUCAUUUUUAUUCUCUGUAGAAAUCAUGUAGUACAUCAGUCAUUCAUAAAAUUACGUUCGCAUGUUCCAACAUUAUAUGUCGCAAAAAGAAUGGGGUGGGGGAAAUGUUAGGGUCUUUGAGACCGCUUUCAUUGACAUCACUAUCUUUGGGAACAGUUUGUUCUCCGCCUUUAGAGCUAUAUAGACGUAACAUAAAAAGUGCCUUUUUAAAGAGCUCUGCAGAGGUUCGGUAACAGUCGGGUGAUACGGCGUUUGUUCCGGCGACAAUUGAUCCGGUCUUUAUCAAGUCAAAGGUAUAGAGGCAGGCUUGGGGUAACAGUUAGGUUUCAGGUUAAGUUUAGGUUAGAGGUCAUGGUUGGGUUUAGUGUUGGGUCAAAGGUUGAAUUCGGUCAGUGUAUGAAUUACCGUUGAGAAAUAGUCACAGGAGCAAGUGGCGUAAAACCGGAACUGUCUUCGAUAUAAAUAUGAUUAUCUACAGAACCUCUUAAAUAGUUAGGUCAACUCGGUUCCGAUGGGUAAUAUCAUGGACCUAGGUCCGUGGUAAUACCCCCCGAUUCAUGGCUAUAUAUAUGGUGACUCACCGUAACCUUUCAACCAAAAUGGCCACACUCUGAGCUAAGAUGCUUCCGCUUUAUACUCUGACAACUCGACUGAAAUAUAUAUGAUUAUCUAGCUAGGUUCAUAUUUUUCUUAGUUUUAUUUCAUGAGUUUUAUAUAAUGACAUUUAUGUUUCUUUUUAUUGUGGUUGAUAUAGAGAUUUAAAAAGAUGAAGCCAAUUUUGUAAUACCGGCUAUGAAGCUUUAUUUCGAGUAAAAUGUCACAAAAGUCACUCUCACAAAGUCAAAGUCACAAAGCUGAGUGGGUUAUUCAGCCAUUCACUAUAUUCUCUAUUAUAUUGUAUUGCUUUAUAUAUCGUGAAUCGGAAAAUAAAUACCAUGCCAUACUGGUAAUUGAUAUUUCCAUAAAGUUAAAGCGUAGUUUAUGCUUGCCAAAUUUAUAACAAAAAUAUCGAAAACGUGUUGAAAACGCCUUGAAAACUAGUUACCCUUGAAAGAGCCAACAAUAUACAAUUAACACCUAGGUUGUUCAUAACCCUUGUAAAUUUGAUGCUUGUUGUGUUUUGUGUUACUCAAGAAUGAAAGGUGAAUUAGUUCAAUAAGCUAUUAAUAAAUCAGAUCCUCGUAAAAUAUAAAAUGGGACAAACACAUUUUAACUUACUUAAAAGAUUACAAAACUAGGUAUAAAAGGGUAUGAGUGAUUUAGUGUUAACUGUAUACACACAGGGCAACGUUGCAGGUAUAAAACAAAACUGACUUGAUACGGACAUUGUCCCAACCUCUCAUGAAAAAACCCGGUGAAUAUUACUCAGCAAAUAUAUAUCUUCUGUCAUAUAAUAUGGCACAUAUUAUGUGUAUCUAUUUUUAUAUAUUUAUCAAUAAAUUUGUAAAAUGAUGACACUGUUAUGUAUUGGGUUUCUGGUAGCCUUCAUUUUAUAUUGUCUGCAGAACAUAAAAUUAUAUUUGAACUAUGCUUUUUUAUGAGAUAUUAAAGUUACUGGUUAUUGUA